AUGUCCGGGACCGACUACAACUACGACGAACAGGGACAAUUCUUCCCCUUCUUCAUCCUCACAGUCACCACACUCGUCACUGUCCCCACCACAAUCUCAUUCCUGAGGCCAAGCAAAGAGCUCGAGAACACUGGAACGCGGAUAGAGUCCGAAUUCGUCCCCGAACAUGCCGAUCUCAUACAAGGACAGCGCAAGAAGCAGAAGCGGCUCGAAAGGAGGCUAAAGCGGGGUCUUCUCAUGGUGGUAGGAUGGACACUCAACGCUGCCAUGGUCUACCUUAUCCUUGUCACUGCGCGGUUGACACCAGAUAUCUGGGACCCAUAUUCCGUUUUGGGCAUCCCCUCGACUGCGGAUGAGAAAGCGAUCAAGAGCCGUUACCGCAGGCUUUCCCUGACUUUACAUCCUGACAAAGCUCGCGAGGAUCCCGAGAAGAACAUUACCAUUCAGUCGAUCAAUGACAAAUGGGUAGAUGUCACCAAAGCUUUCAAGGCCCUCACCGACGAGGAGAUUCGCAACAACUUCCUUCAGUAUGGCCACCCGGACGGCAAGCAGAGCUUCAGCAUUGGUAUCGCGCUACCCAAGUGGAUCGUGACUGAGGGUGCCGGAAAAUACGUCCUGCUCAUCUACGCGCUCGCACUCGGGGUCAUUCUGCCGUAUACGGUUGGAAAGUGGUGGUAUGGCACACAGAGGUUGACAAAGGAAAAGGUGCUUGUCGCUAGUGCUGGCAAGAUCUUCCGAGAGUACGACAACGAACAGGGAGAGUCUGGUGUGAUAGGCGCGCUCAGCACAGGAGAAGAGUUCAAUGAGGUGCUUGAUGGCCACAAAGCGGAAAACGGACUAUCGAAGCUGGAGCAAAAGAUCCUUUCUGAUCCGGAUUCGCCUCUUUCGAAAGCUAUCGCAAGAAAGGAACGACAAAAGCUUGACGACAUGGAAGACAGCCGCAGACGCAAGGUCCUUGCACUACUUUGGGCGUACCUUGGACGCGUUGAGCUUGACGACGAGACUCUGAAUGAUGAAAAGUUCGAGGUAGCGCCAAUCGCACUCCGGUUGAACGAAGCUUAUACUGCCAUUUCGCUCGCAUAUGGCAGCACCGGCGCUGUCGUCUCUGCAUACCAUACCUCACAGAACAUCAUUCAGGCUCUCCGACCCGGCGCAUCUCCGCUCGAGCAACUUCCAUACUUCACACCAACAGUUGCUAGCGCAGCCGAGGCGGAGCGGUCACGUACACAUCUGACCAUACAAGAAUUCAUGCGCUUGCCCGAAUCGCAGCGAAAAGCCCGCGUGGUCGAAUCAGGACUUCUCUCGCAAGCCCAGUACAACACUGCCAUGUCUGUGGCCUCGCAAAUUCCUGUCCUCAAUAUUGAGAAGGCCUUCUUCAAGGUUGUUGGAGAGCGCUUCGUAACUCCAAGCAGUCUGGUGCAAUUUGUACUCAAGUGCCGAUUCGUCCCCCCAGCCGCGACAGACCUACCAGAGAUCAACCCGAAGGACCUGUUGGACAUUGACCCUGAGGAAGGUGAUGUUGCGGCUAUCACUGGUCGCAAGAACGAUCGCUCCGGAGAGAAGCCCAUUCAGCCUGCCCUCACACAUGCGCCAUACUUCGCUCGUGACCACGCGCCGAGGUGGCAUGUUUUCCUGGCUGACAGCAAGCAAGGCCGCAUUGCAGUACCCCCCUUCACAUUCUCUACGUUCGAUAAGCCUAUUGUGGACGUCAGUGGUAAACCCACGUUCAACGUGCAGACAUUGAAGAUGCAGUUCGGCGCACCACCGCAAGCCGGUAGCUAUACUUUUGUCAUGCAUGUGGUCUGUGAUAGUUACAUCGGUAUGGACACCAAGAUGGAGGUCACGCUAGUGGUCGAGGAUGCCAGCAAAGCUGAAGAGGUCGAAGAGGAAGAGGAGAUUAGCGAGCCAGAAGAUGAUUCCAUCGCAGGUCAAAUGCAACAACUGAAGACCGGAGGCGCUCCUCCAAAGAAGCGAAAGCAGGUCAAGGACGACUCCAGUGACGGCAGUGACACCGAGGGCGAUGCCGAAUCUGAGAGCGAGACUGACACUGACACUGACUCGGACGAGGAGUAG